ACGCACUAAACUUGCAUUCAGUGGUCAAUUUUAUCAUCGUUUCAAAUGCAAAGCGGCAAACCGCAUUUAUAAGCAUUUGUGUUUGAAAAUUUGUUUUAACUCUUCCAGUUCCCAAUUCUCUCCAGAGCCUUUUUCAUCAUGAAUAAUGCAUGCAAAGCAUUUUCAAGGUGCUCAGAUGGACAAAACACUGCAUACAGGAUAUUCCUACCAAGCUUGCCACACAUUGCAAUGACCGAUUCACACCUCAGACCUCUCCCACCCUUGGAAACAAAAGAUAUGUUAAUGACCAGUCACACCUCCAAUUCCUCAUGA